AUGAUUACUAUUACUGGCGAUGCGGCGACGGCCGAGGGGCCGAGUGCUCAGGCUGGGCUCAGGUUCACCGACGACGAGGCAUCGUUGAUAGGAAGCGGCGUUGGGUCAUCGGCGUUUAGCGUAGCUGCAUCGAUCCUUGGGUUUCGGGAAGAAAACGGGCGGAGAUACCAUGCGUACAAAGAUGGCAAAUAUACUUCUCCCAACGACGAGCAAGAACAAGAUAGACUGGACCUUCAACACAAUCUCUUUCUUCUAACCUUUGACAACAAACUGGGACUCGCCCCGCCGAACGAACCCAGCUCAAAUGUCGAGCGCGUCCUUGAUAUUGGCACUGGCACAGGCAUUUGGGCCAUGGAUUUUGGCGAAGAUCACCCUGACGCAGAGGUCCUUGGUAUCGAUCUGUCCAUGCCAACCCCAGAUUUCACGCCUCCCAAUGUCCAUUUUGAAGUCGACGACCUAGAUGAAGAGUGGACAUAUUCGCAACCAUUCGACUACAUCCAUACUCGAGGAAUGAACUCAUGCAUCGCUGAUUGGAGCGUGUUUCUUCGAAAAGUCCUCACCAACUUGAAACCUGGAGGAUACUUUGAACUGCAAGAGCUUGAAGUGUAUCCUCGUUCCGACGACGAUAGCCUAAAACCAGAAUGCGCGCUUUCUCGAUGCAUGAGCCACGUGCACAAAGCCUUUGAAGUCUUUGGGCGCUCGUUCCAGGAAAUCCCACAACUGCUUGCUAUCAUGAAGGAAGUCGGCUUCGUUGAUGUUGAGCUGCGGCUGUUUAAAUGGCCGUCAAACUCGUGGCCGAAACAUCAAAAGUUCAAAGAGCUGGGGUUUUGGAACAACGAGAACAUCAACAACGGGUUCGAAGCGAUCACGAUGGCGCCAUUUACGAGAGCGCUUGAAUGGACGAGGGAGGAGGUGCACGAAUUCUUGCCUAGCGUGCGGCGGGAUUUGAACGAUAAGUCUAUUCAUGCUGACUGGCCUGUAUAUGUUGUCUACGGGAGGAAACCUGUCGAGAAAUAG